AUGUUCCACUUAGCUAAAAACGAAAUUAAAUCUUCAUAUUUCUAAUAACUAAACUGAUAUAAAAGCCCCAAAUCAAAAAUUUAUUAGAAUUUACAAUCCAAAUGGUCGAACAGCUGUUUAUUUGCCCAAGGCUCAUUAAGGUGUAACAACAACUGCAAUUCAAAAUUUUUAGUUUUUAUUAGGUUAUUUUUUUAAUUAAUAGGAAGUCAAAAAGCAAAUCUAUCGUUGUAAAAUUAUAAAAACAGCAAAGAAGUGCGGUCGUAUUAAAAUAAUAAGCUGAAGAAAUCCAUGCAGCAAUCCUCCGGUCCUAAUUAAGUCCUGCGAUUGUGUUUCUUAUCGUGAAUAGCAGCGCAAAAAGAAGAUACAUUUGUGUCAGCUGAUUAUCAGCUGAAAAAUUUGUUUUCAUGGCAAAUAGAAGAACGCAAUUUUUACUGGAGUAUUGUUUAUUUUGUAUAAAUUAUAUACAUUUUGGGAUUUAAUUAAACUUUUGAAGAAAUGGAUUCAAAGGGAUCGUCAAGGGGAAAUCCAAGUUUAAGUCAAUACUUUGCUGAUGAUCCGCCCAGCUUUUUCGAUGAACUAGCAAACAAAUCUACCAGCAAGGGAAAUGAUCCUUCUCUGCCCACCGUCCCCAACUCAGCACCCGUGCCAACACCACGCUCAAAUCAGAAACCCCCUCAGCCGGCACCCAGUAAUCUAACUGCAAAUACCUUUAGUGGUGCCUUUAAAGCACCCGAAUAUAUAGAAAAUCCUGCAGACGGUGAAGAUGAUCUUAAAGUACCCGACUAUGUGCGUAAUUUCUGGGAGCCUGCAUCUAGCGACUCUGUUGGUACACGCCCUCCAUUGCUCACCACACCGGGCAUACAAACACCAACUGAUUUGUCUGAUCUUAUUGGCGAGGCUGUACAUAAGCAUUUAGGUGAAGCCGAAUUGGCACAACGCAAAAUUCUAGGUGUGGACAAUGUCACACAAGAUGAACGUGGUUUGCGUACAUUGAUCAGCGCUGGUUGCUAUCGCUCGGCAGUCAAUCUCACUGGACGUUUAUUGACUAUCUAUGGCCAGGGGUAUGGUCGUGCCGGCCAACCGGCCAAACAUUCGCCGCACUCACUGCAAUUGUGGUUCACACGUCUAGCGCUUUUGGCGAAAUUGGGUGAAUUUGAGCUGCUGCAGGCAGAAGCAGAACCAUUCGAUCAACUUAAUCGACCAGAUGUGUACUAUGAGUUCUAUCCAGAAAUGUAUAAUGGAAAAACAGGCUCAAUUGCUUGCUUCUCCUUUCGCUUACUACUUGCUGAAUUGCCCAUUUAUAUGGGAAACCCACAUUUAGGCUUAGAUCGACUGUCAGAGCUUUAUGUGAUAAGUAAUGAAAUUAAAAAGUAUUUCGCUGGACGUGAACCGAAAGAUGCAGAGCAAUUUUGGUGGCGACGUGAAAUACGCGUACUACAUUCCAUAGUCAAUUGUGCGUUAAUAAUGAAGAAGUUCAAUUUGAUUGAUGACAUUAUACGCGGCAUGAUACUGGAAAGCGCUGAUUUGAGCAAGGAAGAACGGCGUGCACUGUAUUCUGCUUGGGGACGCAUUUAUUUACAGAUUGGUGACAUUUUUGGUGCAGAGCAGAAAUUUGCAGAAGCACGUCGGAUGCGUGAAAUCAAUUCCACGCCUGACCUGCGUGACUUGGUGGAUAAAGGUCUAAUAACUGUGGCCGAAAAUGACUUUCGUGGCGCAUAUGCCAUUUUUCAGAAAGCAUUGCAUUUAGAAUCCGGCAAUACAAUGAUACUUAACAACAUGGGCGUCUGUUUGCUCUACGAGGGAAAAUUAAAGGAUGCUAUAAAACUAUUCGAACAUGCCAUUAAUUUAAAUCCACAAAAUUCACUCAACGAAAGUUUAUUAGUAAACUUAUCUACGCUUUAUGAAUUGGAAUCAAAUAACUCAAAACACAGGAAGUUGAAUUUGUUGCGACUUAUAAAUAAAUAUAAACCAGAUUUGAAUAUUAGCUUAGAAGUUUGUUUGAAGUUGCAAUCGACAAAUUGAUAUGAUGCAUUUGAUAAUGAAGUUAAAAUAUUUUUAUAAAUCCAGAAGAAGUUGCAUUACGCAUGUAAAAGAAAAUAAGUUGGACAUAAAAAAGUAUUUGUUUCGCUUUAAGUGUUUGCUUUCAGUUAAAAAAACUGUCCCUCCAUUAAACGAUUGAGUUAAGCAUGUACAUAUUGUGUAUUUCAGUUAUAUGUAUGUAAUAAAUUAAGACAAAAUAUAUAUGUAUUUACUAUGGUAAUGUAGAAGACUUGUUUUUAUUUAAUAUGCAAUAGUGAUUUAACGCCGUAUUUUGUUUAAAAUAAAUUUCAUUUUGGCAAUUGGUGCGCUCGUUACAGUCGCAUAUAUGUUUCCGGAACGAUUCAGAUUUAUUUAGGGCUAAAAACCAUUACUUCAGCAGCUUUUCCCCAUCAGUUUUGACAUUCUACGAUAUGGAGGUUCGCAUAUGUAUUUCCAAAGAAGCUCGGUCUUAAAUCUUUCAACAUCCUAUCUUUUAUAAUA